CUUUGAAGUUGUCAAUUAAAUAGACCACGAUAAAAUUUGCUUGCUACACUCACUACACUACUAUUCACAACAAAAAACUAAAGUACAAAAAGAUCCGCAAAACAUAUGUAAAAAUGCCAGCAGUUGGGAUAGAUUUGGGCACAACGUAUUCUUGCGUAGGUGUUUGGCAACAAGGGAAUGUAGAGAUUAUUGCCAAUGAUAUGGGCAAUCGCACCACCCCAUCAUAUGUUGCUUUCACUGACACCGAAAGGCUUAUCGGAGACGCUGCAAAGAACCAAGUCGCCCUUAAUCCCAGUAACACAAUAUUCGACGCAAAACGACUUAUAGGACGUAAGUUUGACGAUCCUAAGAUACAACAAGACAUGAAGCACUGGCCUUUCAAGGUAGUCAACGAUGGCGGCAAACCCAAGAUUCAAGUCGAAUACAAAGGUAAAUCUAAGCGAUUUGCUCCUGAAGAGAUCAGUAGUAUGGUGUUGUCGAAAAUGAAGGAAAUAGCUGAAGUUUAUUUAGGAACGAAAGUAAAAAAUGCUGUAAUAACAGUACCAGCCUACUUCAAUGAUUCUCAAAGACAGGCUACGAAGGAUGCUGGAGCCAUUGCUGGGUUAAACGUCCUUCGAAUCAUCAACGAACCGACCGCUGCAGCUCUUGCUUACGGCCUCGAUAAAAACUUGAAAGGAGAAAGGAAUGUCCUUAUUUUCGAUCUUGGCGGUGGUACUUUUGAUGUUUCUAUACUUACAAUCGAUGAAGGAUCGCUCUUCGAAGUUAAAGCUACAGCUGGAGAUACCCACCUAGGUGGAGAAGACUUUGACAGUCGGCUUGUCAAUUUCCUUUCUGAUGAGUUCAAAAGGAAGCAUAAAAAGGAUAUAAGAGCAAAUCCGAAGGCUAUUCGACGUUUGCGAACAGCGGCAGAGCGAGCAAAGCGCACAUUAUCAUCGAGUACUGAAGCCAGUAUUGAAAUAGAUGCUUUGUAUGAGGGGAUAGACUUUUUUUCACGAAUAUCCCGUGCACGUUUCGAAGAACUCAACGCGGACUUAUUUCGCGUUACAUUGGAACCAGUGGAGAAGGCGUUGAAAGAUGCAAAAAUGGAUAAAAAUUCUAUUCACGACAUAGUCCUGGUCGGUGGGUCAACUCGUAUACCUAAAAUCCAAAAUCUACUCCAAAAUUAUUUCAACGGAAAAAAGUUAAACUUGACCAUUAACCCCGACGAGGCUGUCGCUUAUGGAGCUGCUGUGCAAGCGGCAAUUUUGGGCGGCGAACGUCAUUCUAAAAUACAAGACGUCCUACUUGUAGAUGUAACGCCGCUCUCACUAGGCAUUGAGACAGCUGGAGGAGUUAUGACCAAAAUUGUAGAGCGUAACGCCAAAAUACCAUGCAAACAUUCUCAAACCUUUACGACCUAUUCCGAUAACCAGCCUGCCGUCACCAUUCAAGUAUACGAAGGAGAGAGAGUUAUGACAAAAGAUAACAACUUAUUAGGAACUUUUGAUUUAACCGGUAUACCACCUGCUCAAAGGGGUGUUCCACAGAUCGACGUGACAUUUGAUUUAGAUGCAAACGGUAUCCUAAACGUAUCAGCUAAAGAGAACAGUACUGGUAAAUGUAAGAAUAUAGUAAUAAAGAACGACAAAGGUCGGCUAUCACAAGCCGAGAUCGAUAGGAUGUUGUCUGAAGCUGAGAAAUAUAAAGAUGAAGAUGACCGUCAAAAAGAUCGCGUGGCGUCUCGUAACAAAUUGGAAUCUUAUCUGUAUGGAGUAAGGCAAGCGGUCGACGAAGUAGGAAGUAAACUCGGUGAAGGAGAAUGCUCGAAGGCUCGCAGGAAGUGUGAUGAGGCUCUCAAGUGGUUGGAUUCGAACACAUUGGCUGAGAAGGAGGAAUAUGAGAAUAAACUGAAGGAAGUGAGUAGUGUUUGUGCGCCUUUGAUGAAAAAGCUGCAUGGCGUGGGCGGGACCCGCCAGGGUGGCGCUACUGGCGGCGGCAGCGACGGCCCCGUCAUUGAAGAAGUCGAUUAAUAGUUUAUUUAUUUAUUUUCCUUUACGAUUGUGAUUUUCUUUCUUGUACGGUACCGAAUAUUAAAAUUUGUUGUUUGGCAUUA